AUGGAAAGAAAAGAUUUAAAAGCCUUAAUUUUUGAUUUAUUUUAUAGUCGGUAUUAUGGGGUAGUCAUUUAUACUCGCAUUUUCGAAGGAGAAUUGGAAAAAGGUCAAAAAAUUAAGUUCUAUGCUAGCCAACAGAAGGUUUAUCAAGUUGAAAGAGUGGGAGUAAAAACUCCCAAAGAGGUCUUAAAAGAUAGAUUAAUUGCCGGAGAAAUUGAGGUAAAAGUUGGCGAUACUAUUUUGGACUUAAAUAACACCGCUUCGCCCUUGGAAGGAUACCAGGAAGUAAAAUCAAAUGUUUAUUCUAAUUUAUAUCCCGCCGAUAGUUCUCGAUAUAAAGAAUUUAAAAAGUCUUUGGAGGAACUACAAAUCCAAGACAAUAGUUUAAGUUUAGAAACAACCGAUUCCCAAUUACUCGGUCCAGGCUUUCGCUGUGGUUUUUUGGGACUAUUACACCGCGAAAUUGUUUGUGAAAGACUAGAAAAAGAAUUUAAGUGCGAAAUUAUUACUACUUCGCCCAGCGUUAAUUAUCAAAUAAUUUUUCCUAAUGGUGAAAAAAUGGAAACCAAUAAUCCUCAAAAAAUUCCUGCCGAAGGUAAAAUAAAAGGUUUUGAAGAAUUAUUUAUUAACAUAAACAUUACUACUCCGGAGGAACAUUUAGGAGCAAUUUCUCAAUUGUGCCAAAACAAAAGGGUUCACCGAAACUUUGCUUACGAGCGAGCCAAAACAGCAUGCGAGAAACUUAAAAAAACCCUUAAAUUACAAACUUUUACAGUUCCUAUCCAAGCCUGUAUUGGUAGCCAAGUAAUUGCUCGGGAAACUCUACCGGCUUUGAAAAAACUGGUUACUGGUAAUAUGUAUGGGGGGGAUAGAACUCGAAAAAUGAAAUUAUGGGCCAAACAAAAAAAAGGAAAGGCCCGAAUGAAAGAGUUCGGAAAAGUCAAUUUUGGUGCGGGUAGUUUAAGAGAACUUUUACGGGGAAACAAAUAG